GACUGUGAGGCGGCUGGGGCGCAUUCUCCGGCCUUGAGCUCAGCGAGGUCGGUCGGAAUGUGGCUGAUAAGUAAGAGAUAACCCUGGGAAGGGCAGGGACAAGGAAAGGCAGGACUCGGCUUCCAGCCACUGGGGAUAAAUAGCGACUGACCCAGAGAGCAGCCAGAGAGAGAGGAAAGGAGAAGCAGCAUCGUCGGCUACAGCAGCAGGAGCAGGAGCAGGAGCAUCCCGAGGUCUGUCCUUUGCCCCCCAGCCCAUUCCUUCCUGAGCAUGGACUCCCAGAAAGCGCUGCCCAGCAUCUUCCUGCUUCUCCUUCUUCUGCAGCUCCAGGGAAGCUUCUCCCAUCCCCUGGACAGACCUCGCCAAGCCCGGGAGCUGACCGGGGUACAGGAACUGCUGUACCGACUAAGGGACAAGAUCUCAGCUUUGGAGGAAUUGGAGUCGGUGGAGCCUGGGCCACGGGAGCGAGAAGAGAUCCGGGGGGAAGUCUGGAAGAACAGACAGCCCCAACACCAAGCGGUACCAGAGGGCAGCCGUGGCUAUAGGGUUGCUGCCUUCCAGCCCCUGUAUGGUCUGCAAAGCCCUAAAGUGAUGCGGGAAUCAGGCUGCUUUGGCAGGAGGCUGGACAGAAUUGGUUCUCUCAGCAGCUUGGGGUGCAAUGUGUCAAGAAGGAAUUAAGAAGUCUCAGCUGCUUACUUCCCAACAUCCAGUUCUCCUUGAGGCUUUUCCACCCCCUCAAAGUGAAGCCUAUUUAUUUAUUUAUUUUUAUUUAUUUAUUUGGUUGUUUUGUAUAAGCUGGUUUCUUACUUUUUGAGCAUGGAGAAUUCAUGAUUAAAUAAAAUCAGACUGAUGUCUUUUUAUCUCAGAGCAUUUAAAAAAUCCAUCAUCUUCCCUCUAUAUGCCUAUAUUUUAUGAAGUACCUGUCAGAUGUUAGGUCCU